AUGCCUCUCCGCCCGUCGCAAUGGAACUUCGAAAUCGACGACUAUCUUAACCCUUGGCUGCCGGCCGCGCCGUGGAAGCACGUACCGUACCCGAUCGCCCACUUCCUAGGCCACAGGCCGGGGCCGCAAAGGCCACUGGGGAACAUUGCCAUGAUCUUCUGGGCCUUGAUCGGGGUUUUCUGCUCUCUGAUUAUCAUCGAGUUCGCGGGCCGCGCCAUUCCCUCUUUCGAGGCGCAUGGCGCGCCUAUCAUUAUCGGCAGUUUUGGCGCCGCCGCGGUUCUAGAGUUCUACGCCAUAGAAUCACCUCUCGCGCAACCACGCAGUGCCGUCCUUGGGCAACUAUUUUCAUCUAUCAUCGGUGUUGCCAUUGGCAAGUUGUUUGCGCUAGGCUCUGUGUCUAGAGACUUGACGUGGCUGGGUGGCUCGCUAAGUUGUGCGUGUGCCGUUGCAUUUAUGGCCCUGACAGGAACCGUCCAUCCGCCAGCGGGCGCCACGGCGCUACUCGCAGUGGUUGACCCGAAUGUAGCGCAUCUCGGAUGGUUCCUACUGCCCGUGGUUCUCCUGGACUGCGUAUUGAUGCAGUGCGUGGCGCUACUAUUAAACAACAUCCAGAGGCGCUUUCCCGUCUACUGGUGGACACCGGCGGAAGUCGGUCGUCGGAAGCAGCAGGAGAAGAGCAAUAGUGAUUACAGCAGCGAGAACGGAACCAAGCUCGAGAUAACCACGACGCAUCAUCUGGAAAGAGACGUCUCAGAAGAGGCGAAGGUGGUUAUAAAACGAGGGCGAGUGCUCGUACCAGAUGACAUGUAUCUCUCGCCCGAGGAGAGGAUGUUUUUGGAAGAAUUAAGUGAAAGAUUAUAA